AUGUUUCGUGUUGAUAAAACAAUUAAAGAAGAAAAUGUUAAAUCCGCUGGGAAAGAUAUUAUUCAUAAGUCAUCAUCUGUUAAUAAUCGAAAAAUUUUAUUAAUUUUUCCUACAUUUGAAGAAUUUUUUUAUGAAAAAUUUGAAUUUGUAAAAAAUGGUAUACAAGAUAUUCAAAUUUGUGGUGCAGCAUUAGGAGUUGAUAUAGAAUGGUAUACAUUUUCAGGAAAUUAUGAUGAUUUCAUUAAUUAUGAACUCUUAAUACAACUUUUAAAUGAAGAACAUACAAUCGUAAUAUGUUUUCUAGGAAAUAAAAUUGGAUAUUAUAUGCCGCCUAUGGAAAUUGAUUUUAAUACAUUUGAUGCUUUAAGGGAGAAAUUAUUUGAAAUGUCUACAGAUGUUAAAGUUUUAGAUAAAUUUUAUACAUUAAAAGAAUCAAAAAAAGGAAAAAAAUAUUGUUUACAAAAAAAUUUCCUUAAGGAUGUUUUAGGAAUGGAAUUGCUUAUAAAAAUGUUAGAAAAAGUUAAAAAUGAUGAGCAUAAGUUAUUAAAGUUAUAUAUAAAACAUAUAGUUGAAAUAAUGAUGUCACAAAAAAAUUCUAAUCAUAUAUAUAUUCAAAGAAGAUUUAAAGGAAUGCCUCUAGAAGAAAAUAAUCCAAUAUUUUCUGAAAUUUUACCAUCUGAAUAUGAAAAAAUUGAAAAUUUAAAAAAUAUUAUAUCACAAAAUUGUGAUAAAAAUAAUAUUUUUUCAUAUAUAUUACCAUGUACAUCACAAGAAUAUGAUAAAUGGUUAACUACAAAAGAAGGAGAAAAUUAUGGUAUAAAUUUUGUUGAAAAAAUUAGUGAAAAAAUAAAACAAUUAAUUGAUAAUAAUUGUACAAUUCAAAUUCCACAAUCAAAUAUAAAUAAUUCUUUAAUAUAUAUUGAUAUGUUUGAUAUAACUAAACGUGAACAAGUAACACAUCAACAAUAUUAUAUUCAAUCAAAACCAUUAAAAUGGGAAAAAAAAAAUAAUAUAGAAAAAAUUAUUGAAAAUAUUUUUAAUAUGAAUAAAAAUGGUAAAUGGUGUGUAGUAUUAAAAGGUGAUGAUGGUAUUGGAAAAACAUCACAUUUAUUAUUAUUACAUGAAACAUUACAAAAUGAUAGUAAUUAUAUAUCAUUUAUAAGAUUUCUUGGAUUAACACCUCAUAGUAUAUAUGAUCAUGAAAUAUUUAGAAAUAUUUUAUUUUUAUUAGAUAAUUGUACCAAUUCAAAACAAAUAUCUUUUAAUGAUUCACUUGAAUUACCAAUAAUAUUAAAAAAUAUAGAAAAUUUAAUUAAAAAAAUUGAUAAAAAAGUUUAUAUAUUAAUAGAUAAUAUACAUUUAUUAAGAACAUCUAAAAAUAUUAAUGAAAAUUUUAAAUUUAUUAAUGAAAUACCUAAUUUAUAUAUUAUAUGUACAAUACCAAAUGAUGUUGAUUUUAAUUAUAUACCUAAUAAUGAAUGUAUUAUAUUACAAAAACCAACAAUUGAAGAAUCUAUUGAAAUUAUUAAACUAAAUGCAUCAAAAUCAAAUAUUAAAAUUGGAAUAGAAUGUUUAUCAAAUUUACGUUUAUAUCUUAGUGAACAUAAUGAUAGUAUGGCAGGUGCAUUAGUUGUAGCACAAUUAUUGGCAAAUAACAUUCCAGUUGAAUUAAAAAAAUCAGCUGUUAUUAAUUUAGUUAAUCAUUUGGAAAAUUAUUAUGAUGAAAUAUUUAUUAAAAAAUUAAUAAAAUAUUUUGUUGGUACAUCAUUUGGUUUUACAAGUUUAGAAGUAACAACAUUAUUUAAUUUUUCAUGUAAACCAUUAUCAUAUGAUGAUGAAAGUAUUCCUGAUUUAAAUAUAUCAAAAGAUAUUUUAACAAUUUUAACUAAAUAUAAUAUGCUUUUUGAUUGUGUUAUUAUGGAUAAUCAAGUUGUUUAUAGAUUAAAACAUUCAAUUUUUAAGAAACAAUUUAUUAAAAAUUAUUUAUAUGAAAAUGGGUGCAAUAUAAAAGAAAUGAACCAAAUAACAAAUAUGGAAAUGGCUUCUAUUUAUUUUGAUACUUGUAAUUAUGAGGAAAAUGAUAAAAUUGUAUAUAAUGGAUAUAUGUUUCCUCAACCACUUAUAAGAGAAAAUGGAAAAAUUAAUUUGAGAAAAGUAUUAUAUCAGUGGAAAUAUUUAUUAGAAGGUGGGAAAUCUCAAAAUUUAAAAGAGUUUACAUUAUGUAAUUUUGAAUAUAUUGAAGCAAUAACAAGAGCAAAUGGAUUAGGAUAUUUAAUAUCAGUAUUUGAUGAAACUUGUGAAAAAUUACUUGAUCAUGAUUUAUUAGUUUUUUAUUUACAAGUAAUUAUUCCUAGUAUAAAUACAUUAUUAAGAGAUUCAAGUCAAAUUGCACCAGAGUGUAUUGGAAGAUUACGAUAUACACGUGAAAGUAAUAGUCAUAAUUUAAAUUCUAUUGUUGAACAAGCAAUGGCAUGGGUUGAUAUGUAUGAUUCAUCACCAUUACUUGUUCCAUUAACAUGUUGGAUAUCACCACCAAAAAUGGAUGAAAUUUUUAAAACAAUAUUACCUAAUUGGAGUGGUAAAGAAAUUAUUGCUCAACCAACAAUUAAUUAUCAAAAUAUUUUAUUAACAGGAAAUUCAGAAGAUCCAAAUAUGAUAUAUUUAUAUAAUAUUUCAUCACAUUCAACUGAUAUAAAAUUUUCUGGACAUACUAAAAAAGUUACAUGUUUAUCUAUAUCAUGUAAUGGAAUUAAUUUUGCUUCUGGUUCAUUUGAUGGAACAAUAAAAAUUUGGGAUUUAUAUAAUAUUGAUAAUGUUAAAACUUUUCAAAUAACAAAAGCUAAAAUUAAUUGUUGUCUAUAUUCACAUAAUUCAAAAUUUAUUGCUUCUGGUACAACUGAUUCUAUAGCUAGUGUAAUUGACAUUGAAAGUGGAGAAAUAAUUGCUACAUUCCCAGAACAUACAGGAAGUGUAAUUUGCCUUCAAUUAACAUCUAAUGAUGAAUUUUUAAUUGUUGGUAGUGGUGAUUUUGCUGUGAUGGUUUAUAAUAUUGAAGACAAAUGUUUAAUUUCAAAAUUAGAGGGACUUAUGGCACCAGUAACGUGUAUGUCAUUAACAACAAAUGAUGCAUUUGUUGUAGUAGCAUGUGAAGAUGAAACAGUCAGAGUUUAUAGUUUAAUAUCAUCACAAGAAUUACAUGAAUUAUCAGGGCAUGAUUGUAGAGUUAGUUCAAUUGCUGUAUCAGCUGAUGAUUGUCAAAUUUUUGUUGGUAUAAAAUCUAAAAUUAUAUGUUAUGAUCUUCAUAAUUCACAAAUAAUUGAUACAUUAGAAUGUGGUGAAAAAUUACCAAUUGGAAGUAUACAAACAACACAUGAUAAUUCAUUUAUUAUUGCUGGUUGUGGUAGAGAAUUACAUAUGUGGAAUAUACAAUGUAGUAAAUUUAAUAAUAAUAAUAAUAAUUUUAAUAAUAAUAAUUGUACAUGUGAAGUUACUGAAGAUAAUUCAAUUUGUUGUGUUAAAAUGUCUCCUGAUGAAAAAUCAACAUGUUGUGGUACGGUAUCUGGUGUUAUUGCAUUAUGGGAUUUAGAAGUAUGCCAAUGUAUAUGGACUCAAACACAUAAAAUAGGAAGUGCAAUUACAGCAAUAGAAUUUACUGAUGAUUCAUUUUAUUUAAUUUCCGGAUGUUCAGAAGGACAAAUGUGUUUAUGGGAAGCUGAUAAAGGACAACUUAUAAAAAUUAUUAAAAUUCAUACAUUAUCUAUAACAACACUUUAUUUUAUUGGUGGAUCAAUACCAACAUAUAAAGUUUUUUCAUGUGAUAAAGGGAAUAAUUCACACAUUUGGAAUUUAACACCAUUAGAUGAUUCACCAAAUUUUUUUACAGUAUUAAUAUCAUUUAGUGAUGUUGAGUCACCAAUAUUAUUUAAAAAACAUCAAAAAUUAAUACUUGGUGAAUUUUCAAAAAAUAGAAAUGAGAUUCAAAUUUAUCAUGUUUAUGAUGAAUCUGUUAAUCUUAAAGGAAAAGCUUAUCAUACAGAAAGUAUAACAUGUUAUAAUUUUGAUAGAAAUGAAAAAAUUUUAGUUACUGGAUCAAAAGAUCAAUCAUUAAAAAUUUGGCAACUUGAAAAUGGAUAUUUAACACAAGUAUUAGUUGGACAUGAUAGUGCUGUUACAUGUUGUGCUGUAAAUGAUAAUGGAAAUAUUGUUGUUAGUAAUUCUAAAGAUAAAAAUUUAAUUAUUUGGGAUGCUAAAACAGGAACUGUUAAAUCAUCAAUUGAAACAUGUCAUUUAAUUAAUAUUGUUGAAAUAACAGCUGAUGGUUUAGUUAUUAUUACAGCUGAUACAAAUGGAUGGAUUGAAGCAUGGAGUUCUGCAUAUGGUAUAUUAUUAUCUUCAUUUAAUACAUAUAAUACAAUUUCAUCAUUAUUAAUAUCAGUUGACAGUAAUAGAAUUGUAUGUCCUCUUAUUAAUGUUCCUCAAUUACCAAUAUUAUGUUUACAUAAUACUCCUGCUGGUAUAAUACAACGACAUAUGACUAUGAAUGAUAAAUCAUUACAUCGUAUUAACAGUGCAGCAAGUUAUACAAGUACAGUAAGUGAAUCACGUCCUAAAACAUCAAAAAAACCUCCUUCAAAAUUAGAGAAUGGUAGAUGUAUAGAAGAAAAUGGAAAAAAAGUGAAUGAAAAUUAUAAUAUAAAAAAAUCUCAAUCAUUAACUGUCGCAAGUCCAAAAGCUAUCAUUAAAAGUAAUGGUAAUAAUUCUCAACAAAAUUUAAAAUUAGGAGGUGAAAAUGUAAGAUUUCGUGAUAAUGCAUCAAUAGUUAGCCAUGCACCUGCAUCAUAUACGACAAACUCAAAAACUGGAAAAAAUGGAGAGCAAUUAAAAUCUACUCUUUGUAGUAUACUUUAA